AUGAACGAAGACACACGCAAGCUGAUCCUGCGUAUCCAAGGCGAAGAUCUUGCAGCUCUAUGGACUGCACCAAACGAUGACAACACCGAAGUCGAUGCCACCCUGCGCGCCUAUCGCCGCCAAUUGAGUCUCCUGGAUCGUCAUCUCGAAGAGUCACGCCAGACGGCGACAGUUCAAGGCACUGGAGAAGCCGCCGAUCGAGAUGCAGUGACGUCUGUUCUUCGAAUCACCGGCACGAAUGCGCCUCUUCUGACUGAAGAUGGUGAUGUUCAUCAAUUUGGAAGUGUCUAUUCUCGUCACGAAACACCAAUCUCCUUCGGGCCUGCUACUGCAAAUCCUCCAGCCGUCAAUGCCACAACCGCACGCUCACUCUCCCAAGUUUCUGGUCGACCCGUCGUCCGCCUCCCUUCGUUUGCGUCGACGGCAGCAGGCCAUAUCAACGAACUUAAGCGGGACGAACAUGAAACAGCAAUUUGGCGCGAACGAGCAGAAGAAGCACGCAAGGAGGCUAAGAGCAACUGGAAAUCCCCUUUCGGUAACCCCCAACGACUUCAGCCUGACCCUUCGCAUCCUCAAGCUGUAGGAUGA